ACCCAGGCAGACUCUGUAGUCCCUGUGCAGUGACCUUGUCUCCAGGUGAAAUGUGAAACUCCCUUUACAGGAAGCUCCCAUCAGAGAUGCAUUGACUCCAGUCCUGAGGACAGAAUCUGCAUCCACACUUGAUGCCUGGCAGUAGAUGAGCGUCAGCUCCAUGCUCUUUGAUCAUGACCAACCCAAGCCGCAGUGUAGAUCAGUGCCCAAACAAUACAGACACCCAGAAUCUAAAAGCUGUGGUAGAAUUCCGUCUCCUGAAACUCUCAACGGAACCAGACCUACAGCCCAUCCUCUUUUUGCUCUUCCUGUCCAUGUACGUGGUUACAGUGCUUGGGAACCUGCUCAUCAUCCUGGCUGUCAGCUUAGAGUCUCAACUCCACACCCCCAUGUACUUCUUCCUCUCCAACCUGUCCUUGGCUGACAUCUGUUUCAUCUCCACCACGGUCCCAAAGAUGAUUGUGGACAUCCUAACUCGCAAGAGUGUCAUCUCCUAUGCAGGCUGCCUGACACAGAUGUCUCUGCUUAUUCUGUUUGGAUGUAUGGAUUACAUGCUUCUGACUGUGAUGGCUUAUUAUAGGUUCGUGGCCAUCUGCCAACCCUUGCAGUAUUCCAUCAUUAUGAACUCUUGCUUCUGCAUCUUCUUAGUAUUUGUAUCUUUUUUAUUUAGCCUUAUGGACUCACAGCUGCAUAAUCUAAUUGUCUUAAAGUUCACUUACUUCCAGGAUGCUUCCAUUUCCAGCUUCUGCUGUGAACCUACUCACAUCCUUAAAAUGGACUGUAUGGAAAACUUUACCAAAAACAUAAUCACUUAUUUUGUUGGUGCCAUAUUUGUUUUUUUUCCCAUUUCAGUAAUAUUGUUCUCUUAUUAUAAAAUUAUUUCCUCCAUUCUCAGAAUCCCAUCAUCAGGUGGGAAGUAUAAAGCUUUUUCUACCUGUGGGUCUCACUUGUCAGUUGUUUGCUUAUUUUAUGGGACAAGCAUUGGGAUGUACCUUGAAUCCACUCUAGCACAUUCUCCCAGAAAGAGUGUGGUGUCUUCCAUAAUGUACACAAUUGUGACCCCUAUGCUGAAUCCCUUCAUCUACAGCCUGAGGAAUAAGGACAUUAAAAAUGCCCUAAGAAGGCUCUACAGCAGAAAAUUCUAGUAUCAGCUCCCGAGGCAACUAAAUAGAACAUACAUGGAAAGAGGCAUCAAUACUAAACAUCUAGUUGUGUAAAGUCUGCCUUGUGAACAUUUUUUGGUAGUUUGAUGCUUUAAUUUCUCAGCAUAAUUCCUAUCAGGAUGAUGGAUGAAAGGUUCAUGAGAUUGAAAAAAUAUAGUUUGGUUAAGAUGAAUAAACAAGUUUAGUUAUGGAAAAUAAACAUUUUCGGUUAUGUGUAAUGGUGAUUGUUGCUCUGCUAUAGUAAUGUAAUGAUACUAAAAAAAUAGUUA